CGCGGGAGACAUGGUUUCUCCAAGGUCGUACCGGCGUUCUCACGACGAGUCCAUAUGAGGAAGUCGACGCUUAUAUAUGGGCAAUAGUAUUUCUGACUCAUCUAUCCAAUUAUUUAAAAAUGAUUUCCUGAGGGGAGGAUUUUCAGUUUACAAGAAUGAUAAUUAUGAGGUUUCGUUCCACCACACAGUUCAACCUACAUACAACAAAUUUCGCAUUAUCAAGUACCUUAAGACGCAUGGGACACCUAGUGGGGAUAAAGAUUCGCAAAGUGAUAUAAAAGGCAACUUUCUUGGAGAAUUCCAGACGUCAGAUUUCUUACUUAGCUCAUCAAUACCCGUUAGGCUACGUCAUCCGUCCAUUCUUCGCGUUCACAAAGCUUGUUCUGAUGCACUUGAUAGCUUAUGUUUGGUAGUUGAAAACUCAGUUCCAUUCAAUGCUUUCGUUGUCAAUCCUACCAUGGACGACUUACUAGCUGGAUCUUAUAGUCUUCUUUCUGCUCUCAACUUCUUGCAUAAUACACUUGGACUUUCGCACAACAAUGUGGACACUACUAGCAUAUUUGUUGAUUCACAUAUGUGUUGGAAGUUAUGCGGUUUUGAGUUUGCUAUGGAGUUCAAGAAUAUGUCAGCUGACCACAUACGGAAGAUCGAAGCUUUAAAAGGGAAACAGGAUAUAAAAGUGGGUUACAAAAGUAUCUUUGACGCUUGUUAGGCUUUGAAUUUUGAUCCAGCAUACGCUUUCUGUUACGAUAUAUAUUGCUUUAGCCGAAUGAUUUGUGCGCUGACCGAGAUAGGCGUCGAAGGUUUUGUACUUUCUCACGCAUAAUUUUUCGUUUUUGUAGGUCCAUUCUAUCACCUCACUCAGGUUUUAGUAAAAUCGUGUAUGCACAGUUCUCCUAAAGCGCGUAUACCUUCUAAUCAUUUAUUAGCCCACCCAUCUUUUAAGAGUCCAUAUAUUUCUACACUGGAUUUUCUGGACACAUAUAUGAGUCGUAGUGAUGAAGAAAAGGAGGUAUUUUUCAGGUCAUUUACAGAAAAGAUAUUUAACAGGAUUUCAGAAGAGCUGUUUUGUCGCAGUAUUUUACCAAAAAUAUUUGAAAGUACCAUCUUCCUUGAUUAUCCAGCUGAAACCCUACUGGCACAAAUAUUUCAUUCUUGCGAAGAAAACCUCCAAGAGUCACCCAAACCCAAACUGAUUAUAUCUAUUCAAAACUUUCAGAAGUUUAUCAGUCCGUUAAUUGUUCAGAAAUUCAUGGUGAACGAAAGACAUACGCGUAUUUUAUUACUUCAGCACUUCACUGGUUAUUUGAAAACACUAACUGAUAGUGAUUUGUUAAAUGUGAUUUUACCACAAAUAUGCCAUGGUGUUUUUGAUAAGCAUAACACAUUAUCAGUUCUAAGUUUACAGGCGUUGGGCCUCCUUGCUAAUCGUUUAAACGCUACCGUUGUUUUAAAUCAUUUACGUCGUAUCGAAGAUAACUUGUGUAAAUCUGACAGUUUAUCUCAUAAUCCAAAUCAUAAAACGCACACUAGAAGUGAUAAUAAGUUAAUUACUUAUGUGUGGCCCCGUGGUAAUCUAUUUUACGAAGCUGCUCCAAAAAUUAAUCGAAAUACUCGUGAAAUUCCAAGUUGUGAGCAGAAAAAAAUUCAUGUUUCAAAUGGAGCUAACCUACCAUUGGCUCAAUUGGCCGUUUUUUCUCCGGAUUAUGAUCCAUCUAUGAACUCCUGUUUAGUAAACAAUCCUGUUAAUCUUUGUACUGAUUCUCGUCUAGCAGAUGAUGAUAUGCUCAAACUGUCUAGUACUUCGACGGCAGCCAAUAUUAUUACUUCUACUCUGACUACUACCCCCUUUAAUAUCGAUAAUAAUAACAAUAAUGAUCAUGAUAAUGGUUCCAAUCAGUGGGACGAAGUCGAACAUUUUCAAUACAACACUCAAAAUGCAUCUAAUGAAAAUACAAAAUCUAAUUCAUUUGAUAAACCUGCAUUAGACAAUCCAUCAUCAUCAUCAUCAAGCACGUUGAUUGUUGAUAGAAAAUCAUUGGCAUUUCCUGAAAACAAUUCUAAUUGUUUGAAUAAUUCUGUUGAAAUUUCCAACAAUGAGCGUGAAAUCGAUGCACUUCUAACAUUGAUGGAACCUAAAAUUGUACAGAAACCUUCUAUUCCAUUUUCCCCACUCAGAUAUACACUUGUACCUGAUGAAACAGAAAUCAAUCGAUUCAAUGAACUUUCAUUAGAACAGUCAACUGAUGGGGCAAGUGAAACCACCGGAUGGGAAGAUGCAUGGAAUACAGAAUUAUGAAUAUCAUUAAAAAAAAAACUAUUCUGCGACAGUUGUGCGCAGUUGUUGAUUUCAUUAUAUCUUUUAAAUUCGUUUUUCAAGUCUGUUCUCCAUUCUUUUUUUUUUAUAACCGUGUUAAAGCUGUGAUUUAUUUUUUAAUUGGUAUAUAUAUAGAUAUCUCUUAUUUCUUCGUUUAUAUUUUUUCUCUCCUUGGGGGUUCUUUUUAUUAGCUACUUAUGUAAUAUUUCUACUACGAUGUGAUAAACGGGUAUUUUAAAUCAUUCGAAUAAAACAUUUUAUACAUAGAUGUAUUCAUGUAUGUAUUUUACUAUUGGAAGCCAUUGUAAUUUUAUGCUCUAAAUAAUCAAUCCUCAGUUCUGUGUACAAAAGAUCAAUGAAAUUACUUUGUUUUUGAUGCAUA